AGGGGAGCGCGCGGCGGGAAUGUGAACGCGCGGUGGGCCGGCCCGGGACUGUUGGCCAGGAGCGCUCCGGCUGAUCGGCUGUCCCACGGCGCGAGGGCUCCGGGCGGCGGUCCGGGGGGCACCUGCAGUCCCUGGGAAGGGGGCUCCUGCCAGAGAUAAUACCACGACUUCAGAAUGGGACACUGGCCCCUUCCUCGCUUCCUGUGAUCAAGCCAUUGGCUGACGUUUCUGUGGGGAUGCCUAUAAACCACCAGAAAUCAGACUCUUCAGACAUGGACUCUGACUUGUCACUCAGCUGCAGGCUCAGCGACCUGAGCCGAGGGGGCAGUUUGGAGAGUCGAAGCAGCAGUUCUCGCUCCAGAAGCCUCACUUUGGAUGACGAGAGCCUGAAGUACCUCACACAUGAGGAAAAGGAUGUCAUCCUCUUUUUUGAAGAGACUAUUGAUUCCCUGGAGGAUGACCUAGAGGAGCAAGUCCUGAGUGACAGCGGGGUCCGCUGCCACUCACCGCGCUCUGUGGAAGGGAGCACUUCCAGUCACUCGGAGCCAGAGGACGUGAUUGACCUAGUGCAGCCCAGACCUGCAGCCGGAGAGCCCGAGUGCCUUCUGGAGGUGCCUGAGGCAGCAGGGGCCGGACCUGUUGGGAAGGAAGACACUCCUGCCCUUGCGUGCGCGACACAAGAUGCGGAGGCUUCUCCCCCUGCAGCCGGCUCGGUGCCGGUGCCGGUGCCGGUGCCGGUGCCGGUGCCGGAGGCUGUCCCUCCGCCGCCCUCCCUGCCUGCCGCGGCCGCGCCAGCCCACGCCCGGAAGGAGCUGCUCUCGCCUCCUCCAGCCGAGCACCCAAAACUGCCCCGCUCGGUUCCUACCCCGCUCGUUAUCGCCCAGAAGAUUUCUGAGAAGUUGGCCGGGAAUGAAGCGCUGUCGCCCACGUCGGCCGCGAAGGAGGGCAGGCCCGGGGAAUGGAGGACCCCGAGUGCCGCGGCCCCCGGGAGUGGAGAGCACUCGCUGUGGCACCGACACGCAGCCCAGCCCGCGCCCAAGACGCACCGCUUUCCCAGCAACAUCAGCGUGACCAACAGCGCGGGCCGCGAGUUCAACAAGACCAUCUCCAAGGCGGCGGUCAACGUGCAGGAGCGCAAAGCCCGGGUCCUGGCCAACAUUAACGGCGUCUCUUUCCUGUCCGUGGCGGAGCUGGAGGAGCGCGCGCCGAGGAGCGACGUCCCGGAGCCGCGCAGAAGCGCCUCCCCGGAGCAGGCGGCGCGCGACCAGGCCCGGGCCGGCUCCGCCCCGGAAGCGGUGUCCGCGCGGGCGGCAGGGCCGGCGGGCGCCCAGCAGUCCCGCGGGGUGCAGACCGAGCUGUGCCCGCCGCUGGCCAACGGCUUCCAGAGCCUCCACGACGUCCUCAAGAGUGAGCCCAGUGCCUUCGUGUCCACGGGGAAGACUGUCACCUUCCGUGUGGACCCCGCUCUCAGCAGUAAACUUGCGCGGCAGGACGCCAGCAAGAGCCUGUACGAGCACUGGCAGGCGGACUGCAGCCAGUACGCCCGGAGGCGCUCGGGCUCGCUGCCCAGGGCUGUGGGCUUCAGGCCCCAGGGCAUCACCGUUCAGUUCGCUGGCCGGGGCUCCACCGAGGAAGCCCGCCGGGAGGCCCUGCGGAAGCUCGGCCUGCUGAAGGAGACCUUGUGAUGCAGGACGGCGGGAGCUGAGCAGGGCCCGGCCGGUCAUCUGGCCCGAAGUGGCGGUGCGUACGUGAAGAGCAGUGUGACAGUCCCAACAGCUGUGCCCUGGUGACUAGCGAUGACGGGUGCCAGGACUCACCAGUCUGCGCUCCGUGCGUACUGGCUGCCCCACUGCCAGCCCACCACUGAGCGGGGGUGUCGGGUAAAACAGGGCCCAGCCCCACGUUUGUCUUCCUUUUUCCAAGAACUCAGAGAAUAACCUUGAAGACUUACAGGUUUCUAUGAUAUGUAACUGCGAUCUAUAGUUUGGAUUUAGGAGGAGGAGGACUGGGUCUGGUUUGUUAUCCCUGAGCCUCUAAUCCAGCCUUUCAUUCCAAGCACAUGACGUGAGAGCCAGGUUAGGUCUCUUCUGCUCAUUUCUUUAAAAAAAGGAUUUCCCCUCCUUUUCUAAGAAAAUAAAAAAGAAAUGCACGUUACAUUUUCAUAGUGUCUUAAAAUACUUUUUCGGUUUUUUUGUUUGUUUUUGAAGGAGAUGGUAUGUCAGCCCUAGAUAUGCCUUUGUAUCUUGAUGUAAUUUGGUUUGCCCAGUUCUUUUUCUUGAAAAUUGAAAUGAAACCUUUAGAGUAUGAUUUACUAUAAUUUUGAGUUAUGAGAGUAGAAUUGAAAGGUUGAGUUUGGAAAAGGUGGUAAUUUUAAAAAAGCAAGUCUCAUCAGACUGCAGGGUCUGUUACUGGGACAUAUGUAUAUGAGCGUGUAUUAUAUAUACGUGUACAUAGUAUUAUUAGAAACAUGCUGACAUACAUAUAUAGGUAUUGUGUGCGUGCAUUCGUUAUUACAUACAUACAAACUUCUGAAAACCCUCUACUCUUAACAGACACAGCUGUCUCAGCUUUGGGACAGAUGACACAGAAAUUGUUACUUCCUAAUAUGGAAGUCUUUUAAGGACACAUCUCCAUAAUAUUCAGGUGAACCCAAGUGCUUUUUUCCUCUGAAAUGUGUGUCCUGUUCCCAGUUAAAGUGCUAUUCCAAGUAAGCAAGAUAGUUCCUUUUUUAGUGAAGAGCACUUUUAAAGAUUGAAUUUAUCACCUAAUUUUAACCUGAUUUUAAUGCAUUGCCUAAUUUUAACCUAAUUUUAAUUUAUGACCUAAUUUUAGUUUUGCAAGUUCCGAGGUAGCUCGUAAACAGGAGGAAACAAAAGAUCCUGCAGACCCGCUGGGUUCCAGGAGCAAGCUCUCAGGAUUAAUUUAAAAGGGAAAAAACAGCGAACUAGGUGACACAGCAUGAAAAGAACUGGUUUUCUCCCAGACUACACGCUGAGUUGUCGCCACAAACAUUAUUAUCAAAACUAUUUAAGCCUGGAGUCUUAAACCUCUAAAAAUAGACUGGAAAGGGCCACGCUUCGAUGUCACGUCCUUUUGUUAUUAUGCCUCAGCCACUGUCACAGAAUCUGUUUCUUUCCUGUUGGGUAUUACUUAAAUUCAAACUUUUAAAUGUGCUGUGAAGGACCUUUUUCAUCGUAAUCCAUUUGCCUUGUAAGUUACGUAAAAUGACUGUAAUGUUUUCCUUAGUUCUACAGUAGUUAGUGUCUUGUGCAGCCUCUGACCUCCUGAAAUAAUCUCAUAGAUGCUUGGUGGUCUCCAUUUAAAUAGGUGCUUGACUUUAUAAGUUUUAAAAGUAGUUUUUAUCUUACUCCUGUUUAUACUGAAUUUGGUUAACGGAUUUCUGAGGGCUGUAUUACCUUUUUACAAAGUGAGAUGCCAUAUACAGUGUUUAAAAAUAGAGGGUCUUGAUAUGGCUGACAUUUUCAAUAUCCUUUAUAUCUGAGGAUUACUUCUUUUUAUCUAUGGUGAUUAAGGUGAACUUGACUAUAUAUAGUAUAUCUGUUCUCAUAAUGACAUUUUUGAAAAAUAA